AUGUUGCGAGCCAAAACGCAGUUUGUGCGGUCUUUUUGCUCAAAGGUCGCUAAAAGUAACGACAACUUUCAGAUCUCAACGCUAGCCAACGGCUUGCGUGUUGCAACCAGCAACCUACCAGGACAUUUUUCAGCUCUUGGAGUAUAUGUCGGAGCUGGUUCGCGAUACGAAACGCAAAAUAUGAAAGGCUGCACGCACAUUAUGGAUCGCUUGGCGUUUAAGUCGACUCAACAUAUGUCUGGCCGGGCUAUGGCUGAAACACUUGAGCUUUUGGGUGGUAACUAUCAGUGCUCAAGCUCACGCGAAACUAUGAUGUACCAAGCUUCUGUAUUCAAUCGCGAUGUCGAGAAGAUGUUUGCAUUGAUGGCAGAAACGGUACGCUUUCCACAGAUGACCUCGGAAGAACUUGAAGAACAGAAGCUCACAGCUCAGUACGAAAUUGACGAGGUUUGGAGUAAACCAGAACUGAUCUUGCCAGAACUUCUCCACGUCACUGCGUACUCCGGCGAGUCUUUAGGAUCGCCACUGUUAUGUCCUAAAGAAUUAAUUCCAUCUAUUUCCGGCUACUAUUUGAAAGACUAUAGACGUAAAUUAUACACGCCGGACAAUAUAGUUGCAGCAUUCGUCGGAGUUCCACAUAAUGAGGCCCGAGACUACGCUGACAAGUACUUUGCAGACAUGGUUGCUACUACGCCGCCAAGCGUUCGCGAAGUCAAGCCAGCCAAAUAUACCGGUGGUGUGAUGUGCAUACCUUCAGGCCCCGUUUUCGGUAAUUUACCUGAGCUCUGUCACAUUCAAAUUGGGUUUGAAGGAUUGCCCAUCGGUCAUCCCGACAUUUACGCUUUGGCUACUUUACAGACGCUCUUGGGAGGCGGAGGCUCAUUCAGUGCAGGAGGACCAGGCAAGGGAAUGUACUCUCGACUUUACACACAUGUUUUGAAUCAGCACUUUUUUGUUGAAAACUGUGUAGCUUUCAACCACUCUUAUACGGAUUCAGGCAUCUUCGGGAUUUCUGCAUCUUGCGUUCCUCAAGCCGCACCAUAUAUGGCCGAAAUCAUAGCUCAGCAACUUGCUAACACAUUUUCAAAUGACAAAUUGAAGCUUACCGAAGAAGAGGUGUCAAGGGCGAAGAAUCAACUUAAGUCCUCUCUUCUGAUGAAUUUGGAAUCAAAACUCGUGGAGCUGGAGGACCUAGGUAGACAAGUUCAACUGCAUGAUCGCAAAAUUCCGAUUGAGGAAAUGAUCGCCAGCAUCGAGAAACUUACGAUAGAAGACCUAAGAAGGACUGCGGAGACCGUUUUCACUGGCAAGGUCCAGAACAAAGGCGAAGGAAGCGGAAAGGCAACGAUCGUAAUGCAGGGAGAAAGAGAUGCGUUCGGAGAUGUCGAGACGGUCUUGAGGUUCUAUGGAUUAGGCAACUACGAAAAACUAGAUCUUUCUGCAUUGAAAAAGCCGAAGAAAAAGGGCUGGUUUUAA